ACUUGAAUUGCAUAUUUCAAUGUUUUAUAAACAUAUUUCUUGAACUUGUAUUUAUUGUACCGCUUUCCAACAUUUCUGACAGUUGGAAGAGUGCGUGCGCCAUUUUAUGUGGAAGUAUUGGACUUUCCAAUGUCUAAGUUUUUUCAAUAUUGAUUAGUUAUGUCGCUUUCGUUGUUUACACAUUAGUUCAAAAAAGUUUUUUGAUUUGUAUUAAUAAAGGCUUUUUAAAUGUCAUAAGAGCAACUGCAAUAAAUAUAUUGAGAUCAAUUAUAUUUUAAACUUAUACAGUAAAGAAACUGAGAAGUUAGAAAAAAAACGCAAUAAAAAACCAGAUGUCCACUGGAGUGGGAGGCGGAGGGAGUAUUACAACAGAUCAUCAUAGCCGUUUAUAUUUCCUCAAUUCGCCUACAACUCCACUAACAACGCGAGACCCGUUUUUUAUUAAGCCGGAAUAUCUUAAUUAUGAAAGUCCCAUGCACCAUCUCUACCCAGGAAACCGGGGACUUAUAGACUAUAAUAACUACUCGUCUGCCGCAGCAGCUGUCGCUGCCACAGUUGCCGUCAGUAGUAGCAGUAGUACAACGUCAAACGCAGCUCAUAAUUUGGAAGGCAAUUUUCAACAGCAGGCGUCUGCGACGCCUCAACAAAAUCCAACACCACAACCGGCGACAACUCCCCAAACUCAAAAUACACACCCUCUACAUCAACACCUUAGCACGCAUACUCAAUCAGCACGAGCGCGUAAAGAAGCACGCCGACGUAGCAACGAAUCGAUAGAAGCACGAGAACGCAGGCUGGAGCGUAACGCAGCAAGAAUGCGCGAAAAACGCGCUAAAGAAUCAGAAGCGGAAUAUCGAUUACGCUUAGCGAAAAAUGCCGAAGCAAAUCGAAUAAGGCGCCAAAAUGAAAAUGAAGUACAAAGAACUCUGAGACUGAUGAAAAACGCAGCACGACAGCGAUUACGACGCGCAAGUGAAUCACCUGAAGAAAGAAAAGCACGUUUAGCCAAAGCAGCUGAACGGAUGCGCAUCGCUAGAGCAAAUGCACCCAAAGUAAUUAAGCCACCACUUCAAGAUCGCCUCAAAGGGUACUAAAUAUCUAAACGUUCUUGGUAAUUAAGGCCACCAGCAUAGCCAUAAAUUGUAAUUUAUCAUUUUCAACAUAUAAAAACAACACAAACACAACCAAAAUAUAUCACCACAUUCACGAAGCACCACCAGUCUCGUAUGGCUUUUGGAUUAUUGGCUUUUUUAUCUGCCAGCGGAAGGAAUGGAGCACUUUAGGUAGCUCCGAAAAUCUAAUUAAGUUUAUAAGAUAAAGUAUUUUUAUAAUGCAUGCAUUAUAUACAUACAGUAAAUAUAUAGAAUCAUAAAUAUUGUAAUGUAAUCACCUAUGUGAACAAUGAAUCUUAAGCAACUCCUAUUAUCAGCCAGUUUAACUCUUCUCUCCCUUAUAUAUAAUAGCAAUCCGAAUCAUUCUCCAAAAGUGCAUGUGUAGUCAAAAUUUUAAUUCACACAACCUUCAAACAACCCCUCCCUCCUUAUUACUUUACUACUUAUAAUUAAGUUCUAGUCAAAAUUCAAGCAUUUUAAAUUUCAUUGUUCAGUACGAUUAAGUUUUUUUUUA